AUGAUCAAAUUAUCUAUUUUAGUAUUAUUACUAUCACUUAUAUCACUAACAUUAUCAAUUAGAAUUGUUGAUUUUAUUGAUAAAGGUGUUAAAGCAACAUCAUCCCAACCAACAAUCUAUGUAAUUGGUGAUUUCUAUUCAAUGGGAUUAACAGUUUCAAUCUACGAUCAAUUCACAGGAGAGAUUACUGUAAUAGUUAAUAAUGACCCUGCAUUCACAGAACUAUCUAUUGUCGAUACUCUGCUGUUGACACCAUCAGAGGUUGUGUUUAUGACUGAUAUAUCAGCAGUCAACCAAAGUCAAUUCUUUGCAGUAUCAUAUGCAAAUGAUGGAACCUCGAAAUUCGAAGCAUUCAAUUUGGCCGAUGGUUCACCAACUGGUUUCAGUGUAUCUCUACCUCAAAUUAAUUUUCCAGCUGUAUCAUACACCUAUACUCAGAUUAAAAUCGAUCCCAUUAACCAAUUGGCAUAUGUUAUGGUUGGUGGUCCAGGACAAUAUAUUGUUGAAGAUAAUGACCUCGAAGACAUCAGGAUAGAUUAUGGUGAAACUACAUUGGCUUGUGGAUUCUGGAGUGGAUGUGCCUAUUUAUUCACAAUUGAUUUAACGAGUCAAUCAGUUGUAAAGACACUUGAUAUUACAAAAUUCCCAAGUGGAAUAGGAUACACCAUAUCAACUACAAUCUUACUACCAAAUGGUACACUAAUUGGACCUGGAGAACCAACUGUGAUGCAAGCAUACUUCAAAGGUGCAAUUAUAACUUUAGAUGUAUUAACUGGUGCAUAUAGCUUUAAGGUUCUAGCAGACUAUCAAGUUGAUUUUAUUUCUGGGGGAGUUUAUAAUAAUACAGUCUAUAUGUUGGUUAAAAAAGAAGUAAAUUCCUUACCUUCAAAUGCUUCAAGAUUAAUUGGAUAUGAUAUAAUUGAAGAAAAAAUUGUAUUAGAUAUUCCAAAUACAAAUAUUACUGAUCGUCAUGAAUUAAUAUUUAUUUAA